AUGGACAUCGACAGGAUCAAGCGCAAAAGGGCCGUGGUGCGGACGUCAACGACAAAGCUUCUCAACGACAUAGCCACCAUGGAGGACGACGCAUCACUCGGUGAGCUCGAAGAAAAGAUCAACCUUCUCUCACUUAAGGAAGAUUCACUCAAAGAGCUAGAUCGGGAAAUUGAGAGUGGCGUAGAAGAUGAUGCAUUAGAAGAGGAAGUUGCAUGCUCCGAGACCUACAAAGAAAGAAUCAGCGUAGCAAAAACCAAAGUACAGCGCAUGCUACGUGAGCUUAACUGCACUAACACCUCAUCAGUGACCGCUUCGCUAGAUCGCACCUCAAGCUCCUCAGAUCAAAGAGAAUCUAACAAUAACAUACCGCAGGUAACCCCCACAGUAAAGCUGCCAAAGCUAGAAAUAGCAAAGUUCAACGGUGAGCUUCGACAGUGGCAAGGCUUUUGGAGCCAAUUCGACUCAACAAUAAACGCGAACCACCACCUGUCAAACGUGGACAAAUUCAAGUACCUGAACAGUUACCUCACAGGAAAAGCAGCGGCUGCUGUUGCAGGGCUUGAUUUGUCUGAAGGAAACUACGAAGUUGCUCUCUCGCUGUUAAAGGAAAGGUUCGGCCGAAAAGAAGUCAUUAUCGAGGACCACAUGUCCAGAUUGCUCAAUAUCAGAUUGUGGGAGUUGGGUGCUGGUUGGGACGAUCCCUUGCCAGAAGAAAUGCGGGCGGAGUGGGACUGCUGGUGUGAAGAGCUUCAAUGCAUCAAGGGAGUGUCCAUUCCGAGAGUCAUAUCAAGGGAUUUCCGACAGGAAGAGACAGAGAAAGUGUUGCACAUUUUCUGCGAUGCCAGCCCGAAGGCCUACGGUGCUGUCGCAUACAUUGCAUGCAAGUCUCCUCUGGGAAUAAUCACUAUAAGCCUAAUUAUGGCCAAAUCAAGAGUAGCUCCUUUGAAGCGCCUCUCGUUACCCCGACUGGAGCUGAUGGGGGCUCUCAUUGGCGCUCGACUGUGCCGCUACGUUGUCAAGGCCUUGGACCUCCAGAAUGCUGCUACCAUUCUUUGGACUGAUUCCACAGUGGCUAUGCACUGGAUUAAAGGAAACGCUGCCAGAUGGAAGCCCUUCGUGGCAAACCGGGUGUCAGAGCUACAGGCGCUGACUGAUCCUAAAGAUUGGAGACAUUGCCCAGGACCAGACAACCCCGCUGAUCUAAUCACUCGCGGUAUCCUCCCGUCGGCCUUGUUGGAGAGCGAAUUGUGGUGGAAAGGACCCCAUUGGCUUCACGGCGAUGAGACGCAUUGGCCAACGACAGGCGAGCCGAGCCCAGGGGUUGCAGAAUGUCACGUAGAAGAGAGAAAAGUGACGGUGAUGCCCAUUGUCUCAUCAUCAUCCGAGGCAGUGCUGAAAGUGGAAGAGUUCAGCUCAUUCAGCAGAGUCGUUCGCGUAACUGCGUGGAUCCACCGCUUUGUCAACAAUUGCCGCAACGGGAAGGAAAGAAAAAGUGGCCCACUACGAGCUGAAGAAGUGAUCGAUGCUGAGAGGUACUGGUUGGCUGCAACUCAAGGAGAAGCAUUCAGCGACGACAUUUCCAACCUGAAAGCCCAAAGACCGCUGCGCAAAGGCUCUCCUGUUUUGCCAUUCAACCCGUACCUUGACAGGGAAGGUCUCAUGCGAGUUGGUGGACGCCUGCAAUUCACUGACAACCACGAAGAGACCAAACAUCCUAUCGUUCUCCCUGGCACUCACCCCUUCACGUUGCUGCUCAUAAGGAAAGAGCACGUGAGAAUGCUGCACUCAGGGGUACGCGACACCCUGGCGCAGUUGCGAGAGUCGUAUUGGAUCAUCCGAGGGCGCCAGGCCGUAAAAAAGGUUAUCAAGCGGUGCCUCAUUUGUCGCAAACAAAGUUGCCCUCCCGCCACGGAACCAGUAGCACCACUUCCAGCUGACAGAGUGACAAAAGGAAAUCCGUUCGACACCGUUGGCAUCGAUUUCGCAGGACCUUUGAUUUGUCAACAGUCGCGCGACGUCCGGAAAUGUUACAUCGCAAUUUUCACCUGCGCUGUGACACGUGCCGUGCAUCUUGAGCUCGUCAGCGACAUGUCGACUACAGCCUUUCUCCUGGCAUUCAAGCGCUUCGUGGCUCGCAGGGGAAUCUGCUCGACUAUUUAUUCGGACAACGCGCUAACUUUCAAGAGAGCAGCAAAAGACCUGAAAGCGAUGUUCGCGCUACUAAAAUCACAGGAAAUGCAGUCUUACUUCGCCGGAAACCAAAUCAGGUGGAAGUUUAUUGUUGAAAGGGCAGCUUGGUGGGGCGGAUUCUGGGAGCGGUUGGUGCGAUCGGUGAAGGUAGCGUUGCGCAAGGUGUUAGGUCGGAGCAGUUUAAACUUUGAAGAACUCACAACGGUCUUGUACGAAGUGGAGGCCGUGAUAAACUCACGCCCAUUGACUUUCACCUACGAAGAUGCCCGAGAGCCAGAACCACUGUCGCCGGCGCACUUCCUCGUCGGAAGAAAGCUGACAACCCUUCCUCCACACCACCUGCCAGCCGAAAUUCCGGGCGGUGACGCGCAUCUCUCACGGCGCUGGAAGUACCGGUCAGCCAUGGCUGAAGGAUUUUGGAGACGAUGGCGGAAAGAGUAUUUAUUGGAGCUUAGAUCAGCCCAUUUGUCUCACCCAACGCCAUCGAGUGACCUAAAGAUAGGCGAUUUGGUGCUUUUAAAAGAAGACCAUUUGAAACGCCACAUGUGGAAGAUCGCCAGAAUCAAAGAAACGUUCAAGGGCAGAGAUGGCAGGGUGCGGGCCUGCCGGCUGGCACUAAGCGGGGGAACGGAGCUGAAACGACCAAUACAGCUGCUUUAUCCUCUAGAAGUCGACGAACAAUGA